AUGAGUAGGAGGUCCAGGGCUCCUGCUGCUGCCUCCACCCUGCGCUGUGCGGCUGCUGGCACAUGCGAUCAGCGGCCGGUGUGCAGAGCGCGAGUGCUGCUGCUGUGCCUGUGCAUCCUGCUGGCAUUUGCUCUCACUCUGGGACUGAUUUUGUCCGAAAAUGAAACGAGAAGACUCGAAGACAUGCCAGUCAGAGUGCCAGAUCUGAACAAGGAUAAACUGACUCAUAGGCCAAGUAAGCCCACCGCAGCGCAGGUGAAGCGCCUGGUCUCUGAGGUGAACUGGUCUCGGCUAUGGUACGCCCAACUCCAGCCUUUCCUUAUAGAGAGGCAUCCUGGGUCCCGCGGCAGCCGCACUGUUCGAAGGCACAUUUCCUCCCUGCUGGACUCUCUCUCAGCGGGCUGGUCAGUGGAAAUUGAUUCCUUCAACUCCGAAACCCCUCGUGGUCCAAUCAACUUCUCCAACAUACUUGCAGUGUUAGACCCCAAUGCUCCUCGUCGAUUGCUACUGGCUUGCCACUAUGACACCAAGAUCAUACCAUUAGCCUCUCGUGACCCGAAGCAGGUGUUCGUGGGGGCUACUGACUCAGCUGUUCCUUGUGCUAUGAUACUCGAGCUGGUCACUGCACUGGAUAUACACCUGAAAAUGCUCAAACAGCAGAUGGCUCAGGUGACUUUACAGUUGGUGUUCUUUGAUGGUGAGGAGGCUUUUGAGAAAUGGACUCCUUCUGACUCGUUGUAUGGUUCCCGACAUCUCGCUGAACACAUGUCCCGCAUUCCACAUCCUCCAGGCUCUGAGCAUACUACGCUGCUGCAUGCUGUGGAUCUCUUUGUUCUGUUGGAUGUAAUUGGAGCCCCACGUCCUAUGUUUGUGAAUCAUUUUGAGAACACAGCUCGCUGGUUCGAGCGCCUUGUUUCUGCAGAGAAGAGACUUCAUAAGCUGGGCCUGCUGUCUCUACACCCCAGUGAGCAGAUUUACUUCAGGAAAGAUGUAAACAUGGAUCCAGUAGAAGAUGACCAUAUGCCUUUCCUUCGGAGGGGAGUUCCUGUGCUGCACAUGAUUGCUACACCCUUCCCGUCUUACUGGCACACAAUGGAGGACACAGCAGACAAGGUCCACAGUCACACUGUGGAGAAUCUGACCAAAGUCUUGGUGGUCUUUCUAGCGGAAUAUCUUGGACUAUAGAAUAACAUUGCAUUUACUGGAACCAACCACAUCCUUCAUGAAAUCAGUACCUCACUAUCAUGACAUUGAGCACAAGCAGAAUUCAGAAAUGUGAAAGAUGGCAGAGCCCUUGGUUUGGUGGUCCUGCGUUCAGAGUUGUAUGCUAUUUGAAAAAGGGGUUUUGAGUAGGUCUUUAUGGUUGUGCCAUUCUAUGUGCAACUGUUGAAAAAAUGCUUCCUUAACUAUGAAUUAGGGUUCUUUGCCAUCUAAAGCGUAAAGAAUUAUGCUGAUAACCAUUUGGUGUCUAUCACAAUAGGUCACGUCCUUCAGGUGCUUUUAGGGUAAAACAAACAUAAUUAUAAAAGUAAGAUUAAAAGGGAAUUUCAUUCCACCAAAACUCCAUUGCAUCAAAAUUUCUGCCAUAUCAUCCAAAUUUCUGCAUAAUUCAAUAGCUGAGAUGUUAGCAAAGUAAUUCAGAGUGGUUUGAUGUGAAAUGGCUCAUAGUAGAGAACGCUCCCAAUUGUGAUUUCUUUACAGUGGUGGUGAUAGGAACCAAUUCUGACACAGUAUGU